UCGGUUUAGUCCGCUAUCGACGUUCGCCGCAAGUGCACGUGUGUAGUAUUCGCUGUGUCGUCGUCGUCGCGCCCAGAAAGCCUACCAUUCGUUUCGCGAUCGCCUCGCUCGGUUUUAAAUCAGCCGGCACAACACACAGCAGCCCCGUUCGCUCGGUCAUCGCCGCGUGUGCAUUGGACCGUUGCAGCACAGUUUCGUAAUAGAAGUAUAGAACGAGUGUUCCAGCGGUUAGUUGGUGGCAACGAUCCCCGGGAUGUUGGUGUGAAAAGGGUGUUCAAUGAAAUACGAUCUUGCCGGGAUGAGUAACGAAAAUUGAAAAGAAUCGGGUUCGUUGUUUCGGUUGUUGCCCAAGCCUGCUCUACAGUUACUAAAACAGUGUGAUAACGAAACAAGUGGAACGAUUGUUUGCCCGGUGACGAAUGACAAACCGGCGGAAAAGUUGUAGUCGCAUGUGACUACCAAUAUGUGUUCGGCGAGCGGAACCUUAUCAACACCAAACCGUAAACAAUUGUAAUUUUCACCUGUGCGAAGUAGAACAGGCGAGAAAGAAACGGAACACACACGGCAAAUAUGAAGCGACGAUUGUCAAACAGAACACCAUACUGUACAUGAAUGUUUACCCGGCUGUUUUAGUGUCCGGGCUCUCCCACAACCGGAAGUGACCUAGUGGGGCAUGAAACGCUCAUCUCGCAAGUGCGGUGAUUGUCGGUUUACCUAGCAGAAGCAAUAAAGUGACGCGUGUGCGCAAGAUUAGCCCCAGUUCGCCUUGGGCGCAAAAGUGUAAAAUCAUCAAUUUUUGGCGGAUUAUUACGCCGAUUAUUCACGGCCGAAACAGGGUGUAACAAUUUAACCAUUUUUUCCGCACACCAUUCAUUCGCGCCGUGUGCCGUGUUUUCGUUUUAGUGGCAAAGUGGAAUUGAAAUCAAAACAACUAACGUCUGCUUUGAACGAAAUCGUACCGCGGUGUUUCGUCAGGUUUCUAUGGUUACUUUCUGCAAACAAAACUUGGCCAUUGACAGUGUUGGGUUAUCGAUUUUACCCAUUACAGCAUUAAAAAUAACCAAAGGAUAAGUGCUUUUCUGUUUAACUGAGUUUAAAUUAUUUUUCUUAGUGAAAUACCGACUAACUUUUAAGAUUAGUGACAGCGAGUACUCGAGCGCUUACCGCCAGCCGUUUCAAAUCAAAAGUUGUGUUAGUUUUGACCCGAAGUAAAACCAGACAAAAUGACUCGAAUAUACGCCGUCCCUGCAGUACUGCUGCUGCUGCUGCUGGCAUCAUCAUUCACAAGCGCCUCCCAUUCAUCAUCGGUGUACGUGGACAAGUCGGCCUACAAAAACGUCGUCGUCGAGAUACGGGAUAACGUACCGGUGGAAAACUGCCAAACGAUCCUGCAUAAUCUGGAGAUCAUGCUAACAUCUGCUUCGCAAUACCUAUUCUCCGCGAUGGAUGGUCGAGUAUAUUUCGGUGACAUUUCGGUAAUUUUACCGGCACGCUGGCCAAAUUCCUGCAUCCCGUACAAUCAAACCAGAACGUCAGCCAGUGGCGAACGAUCGGAUGUAACAAUCCGAUCGCACACUCGAUCGGACUCGCUCAUCUGGACGGAUCAGUUCUCCGGUUGUGGUGAACCAGGCGAUCAGAUCUACAUCGAUUCGGACAUCAUCGGACGGGAUACUAUUGGGCGGGAAUUUGUCCGCGAAUGGGCCAAAUAUCGGUACGGAGUGUUCGACGAAAUCGGAUACGAUAAAGAUCCCAUCUAUCCCCGGUGCUACAUCAACGAUGAUCACGAAGUUAAACUAACGGGUUGCUCCGAUGCACCGGUCAGCGAUCAUGGACUUUGUGGAAGUUCAACCUCUUCCCCAGUUCCCUACAAUAUCAGUGACAUACUGGACAGAAACGCUCGGACCAGUAUAAUGUUUGCAGCAGAAGCUCCUAGCGUAACAAUGUUUUGCGAUGAAGGCACCCACAAUCGAUACGCACCUUCCAAACAUAAUCAAAUGUGCGAUCGGCGCAGUACCCUGGAUGUAAUUCUCAAACAUCCUGACUUUGCUGGUGAAGCCCAAGUAGCGGUUAAUCCAUCGGUAAUCGUCAACACCACCCCAAAAUUCAGUUACAAAACCCGAAAAUCGACACGCUACGUAAUCAUCAUCGACGAAACGCUCGAUAUGCAACUACGCGAAUCGUGGAGCUUCCUUCGGAGUGCCAUCCGAAAAUGGGUCGUGUACGAUCUACCAUCCAACACCGAAAUUGGCAUGGUCCUUGCGAACGACACUGCUACCGAAAAAAUCCUGCAAAUAUCGUCUCUUCACAUUCAAGAAAACAAAGAUCUUGUAGCCUCGUUCAUUCCAUACUCUCCAAGUGACUCACGGCAACCCGCUUGUCUCACCUGUGCCAUAUCGGACGCCAUCAGUAUGUUGAACGAACGAACUCGCCUCCACGGCCCGGCUAGCUCAGUCAUUCUGGUCGUUGCCCCCGGUAUGGAUUUCUCGAUCGAUCACAAAUCGCUCGCUAACGCAGCCCGUGCUUCUAAAAUUCGCAUCACAACCAUCAACUAUCCGAAUGUGAUACGUCGCCAACCCCUGGACACGCUCGCUCACGGAACCGGAGGUUCCGCCUUUUCCGUCUUCGAGUGUAAAUACAAUGGAGAAAGAACUUACCUCACCACAUAUUUCGAGCUUACGAAUGUUCUGUUUAAUAUCGGAAAGCUGUACUACGAAGGAAACACCAACGAUCUGCCUACGGAAAUCUAUCGCAAGGAACUGAUCGACGUCAUCGAUGACUCCAAUCAAAUCUCCAAGCGAACAAGUCGAACGGUGACCGGUAGCUUCAUGCUUGAUUCGUUCAUGGGACCUCCGGCACAAUUCUUCGUUUACAUCCACAACCCGGAGAAUCCUUUAAUCACAAACCUGAAACUUACAAGUCCAAACGGAAACGUUUACACCUCUCGAAGCGAUUCCCGUUCGUUGGUCAAGCAGUUGAUGAUUUCGGCCGUUCUCAACGAAACGGGCACAUGGACGUACACCAUAGAUCGUUUCAAUGGGAAUCCUCAGCCUCAUUAUGUGCAGGUCAUAGCAACCCCGCGAUCGCGGUACGCUCCCGUCAUCCAAGCCCGUGCCUGGAUUCAUCAGAGUAGAUCCGGUGGUCCACCGAUCGUCUACGCUGAGGUUAGAAAAGGCGAUCUACCGGUCAGCUCCGCCCUGGUCGAGGUUGUAGUUACCCGCCCGGAUAAAGUUUGUCAGGCUGGCAGCGGUAUGGUUAACGAAUGCCGCGAGAAGUUCAAAUUACUGGAUACCGGUGCUGGCGAUCCGGACAUUACCAAGGGCGAUGGAGUCUAUUCGAGGUAUUUCAACGCUGAGGAGUUUGGUGGUGCUGGAGCUUACCAGUUCGAGGUAACCGUCAGCGAUAAUGGCAACACUGCCUACGCACUAUCAGAAAGUGGAAGCUAUGGAGUUUUGUCUGCUAAACAACAACCGGCACGAUGCUGUGGAAGCUCUAUCGCUAUACCACUGAAACAACCCCUGACCCCAUUCCAGCGGACUCUACAGCCCAUGACGCUGUUUGUAACGCAAGAGCAGUUGAAUGAGGAAAGUCAUCGUCUAGUCGGCCGUAUCAGCGAUCUCAGCGCAGACAUCGAAGCAAUGAGGGUUCGACUUAGUUGGACUUCACCGGAUAUGGGUGGGAAGACUGUCGCUCGGUACGAGGUGAAGUACGCCACAACCAUAAAGGAUAUCGUCGAUAAUUUUGAUACGGCUGCUGUUCUCUGGCAUCACGACAAUCCGCUGACAUACUCGAUCGGAGAUGAUAGCACAUUUACCCUGAACAUCACACAUGAACCACAUUUGAUAGGUCAAAUUCUAUACUUUGCCAUCAGACCAUUCUCGAAGCUGACGAAAGAUGCUGAGCCUGGACCAAUCUCCAACUAUGUCCGGGUGUUUGUCUCGAAACCAAAACCUACCACGCUGUUUCCUCCCUCCAGCUCCGGUGGGACGGAAAGCUAUGAUUCCAUUUGGUCGUCGUAUGAUGGAAUAAGCAAAAAUGACGACGGAAUGGAUAUCAUUCCGAGGAUUGCAAAAACUAUGGAUCUUGGAUUGGAGCUGCUACUACCGAUAAUCGCCGGGAUUAUCCUUUUGCUAGCACUCAUUUUGAUCUACUGCUACUUCUGUAUAGUCAAAAAACGUCACGAUACCAAUGACGACGAGCAGAAGAAACCUAUUAAAUGUUUCAAGAGCGAUCACAGAUUAUCGAACAGUCACAGCGUGAUAGUCACUGCAGCCGGAAAUGCAUCUUCUCCUUCCUCAAAUACUACCACUUCGUCUUCAUCAUCUCCGAACCACGUCAACCAACAGUCGCACCUACCCACCUCCGUAUCCUACGACAUGAAUCUCAACGAUCAUCAAACGGUCGGCAUCCCAACAAUCUACAACAUUGACGACGAUAUGAUGAUAACCAAGAAACGCUACAGCACCAUGGGCCCAACUCAUCCGAUGGAACAACAGCUGAUUGAAGAACUCAAACAGCAACAGCACAUCAUCGAUUCCCAAUCCUUCAUUGUGCCAACGAAUAACAACUGUGCAGUUAGCAUAAUCUCCUCCGCUUCCAACAACACAACCCUGACGCGAUCCUACAAUCCCAACCCAAUGCUGCCGAACGGAAGAACACUGAGCCCGUACGAAUCGUGGUCUGCCACGCAGCUACUGCAAGAGCACGAACACCAUCACCCUCAUCAUCCACCGACCCUGAUGGAUGAUCUGGUAGACAAUAACGGUCCGCAUCAUUUCUACGGCACUCAACCACACUCGCAGCACGAUCAAAUGUCCCUUCUGAACAACAAUCACCUACACGAAAGUACCCCUCCCGUUCCUCCGCUACCGAACUACACGACGACUAACAAUGGCAAUAGUGGCCCUGUUUACGUGUACGGACAGCAACAACCGGCAAACCAUUCCAACAACGGUUCGGUUAACUCCGUCAACAGUGGAAGCGGACAAACUGGCGCAACAGACACCAAAAAACGCCGGAAUGUAACGAUGGUCUAGGUCUGAGGGCCGCUAGCAGACUGCAACGUGAUAAUUUCUUUGUUAUGUUAUUUUGUAUGAUUUACAAAUUUUGUUCAAAGUUAAGCGCCCAUAAUUCCCGUUCGUUUGGCAAAUGUGUAUAUUACACAUUAGUGCAGGAAACGAGGGAAAACUACAAAUUGGAUUUCAGUUUGUUCAAUCGUCUGCUUUCAAUCAAUCAAUCAAUCGAACUAGUCAACUUGGAUAAAAGUGUAUUUUAGAGACGACCUCACUGGAUUUCGAUUUGAAUAAGUACAUUAUACUUUCUCGGAAGACGGCCAGUACUGUGUAAACUGCGAAGUAUCAUUUUGUUAAAGCCAGAUCCAUUUUACUAGAUAGGUGAAAUGUGUGAACACCCAAAAGAACGUAAGAGCAUUUAUGUAUAUUUUUAAGAUAGAAAAAAAGCCUAAGAACAGUUACAAUUGUAAGAGUUUAGCUUUGUAAAUCGUCAGAACUAAGGUCAAUUCGAGCGCACGAUGUUUCAUAGAGAGUAAAUUAAUAAACAAAUCAAUCCUAUCAAAACCAAUACAAAUAUGGCAUUAAUGUAUAUUUAAAGUAAAUGUAAGAUCGAAAAAAAAACGAUAACAAACAACAGUACAGCUCUAACACCCGAUAAACUCCACCAGUACCUUUUCUUAUAUUACACCAUAACCAAUCGGUGUUGUUCUAGAUAACGCGACAGCUGUCAAUGAGUACAGCUGCGGCGCAAAUGAUUGAACAAAUAGUGCAAAUAAUAAUCACGAAACGUUUCAUGUGUUGCGCGUCGUUAAUCUGUGUAACUGGGAAUGGUCUAUAACCUACUAAUAAUGCAGAGUUGAGUCAUAGAAAACAGACGUUUAGACUCGUAUUCGGUUCGGAAUUUGUGUAAACGUUGGCAAUCACCAUUUCGAAUAUAAUGAGCGAUUAGAACACAAACUUCCUUGACCUGAUUCAAAGUCUGUACAGAUUAUCGUGCUCAAUAAAUUUACAAAAAUUAAACAACCGUUAGUAAAUGACCCAUCGAUCGUAGCUAUGCAGCUGGAGUACAGCUGUCAAAUUACUUGCAGCAGACAGUUGAGUAGAUGGUUUGUGGAUGUGGAGAUGGUGAGUGGAUGGUUUCCAAUGUAAAAAAAUUAAAAAGUUUACACAGGUUUUUACAUAAAUUUUAUUCUAGUCUAAACGUCUGUUAUCUGUAGAUGAACUAUGGCAAUACGCAAAUUCAACAUCGAUUCAUAAACAUAGAACACAUUACACUCGACCGAAUAAAAUUACAGUAUAGUCAACCUGUGGUUCGAAAAAUUUCUUUUAAAUGUUAAUUUUACAUUUUAAUAUUUAUUUGAAUGAUUUGGAAUAUAAGAAAAAUAACAUGAUUUCUAAAUAAAGCCAUACAUGGGUCAAAAUUAUACACCGUAAGAUCAGAGAAAAAGCUCACCGCAAAACUCAUUUUGAAACAAAACUCGACGAUCCUCUCAACAAUGCCGAGAGUGUGUGUGUUUUAUAUCAGAAAAAAUUGGAUAUCUCAUUAGAUUGUAAGUUUUGUAACUUAGUUUGUGUACAUAUACUUUAAAA